GAGAGACAGAGAAGUGUGUGUGUGUGUGUGUGUGAGAGAGAGAGAGACAGAGAAGUGUGUGUGUGUGUGUGAGAGAGAGAAAUUAGUGUGUGUAAUUCUGGAGAAAUCAUGGUUCAGUUUUAUACAUUAUAUUUUCACUAACUUUGUUUUUAAAUAAAGCUGUUUCUGUGUAUGAUCAUUCAUAAUUCAAAUAAUUAUGUACUGAUGGAUUUUGUUUUCUGUAAACAAACAUUUUAUGAGUAACUUUAACUUUAAAACCACCCGAGAAAGGCUCAGCCCACAAAUGGUCAUGGGGGAGGGUUCGAUUAUGAGAGAGAAACUACCAGCUGAUGGGCUGAAGCCAUGGCGGGCAUGUGGGCUGCGGCCACCUCCCAGAUACUACCAGCUGAUGGGCUGAGGCCAUGGCGGGCAUGUGGGCUGCGGCCUCCUCCCAGAUACUACUGGCUGAUGGGCUGAGGCCAUGGCGGGCACGUGGGCUACGGCCUCCUCCCAGACACUACCAGCUGAUGGGCUGAGGCCAUGGCGGGCAUGUGGGCUGCGGCCUCCUCCCAGAUACUACUGGCUGAUGAGCUGAAGGAUUAUUUGGUAAAUAUUUCACAAUCAAUCUCCUUGUUAAUUAAAAUUGGAUUUUAGCUGCCUACUAGGCCAUAGUGCUGUGGAUGAUGUGCCAGUCAACAGUGUUUUUGCAAUGCAAAUGUAAUUUUCUGUCUGCCGUCUCCUUGGAGAUUACAGUGGCUCCGUUGCUUGCCGGCUCCGUUGCAGGUUUCUUUGAGCUCCCUUUGUGUCCGUCCCGGCUCUGUUAGGCUCGCGUCCCUUUCAGCAUUAUCCCAGCCUGAGGGCCGCUUUCCGCUCAGCAGAAGCGUCUGCCAUGAGGGGUCGCUCUGUCAGGCCAAAGCACAGAAGUGCCACAUUACAAGCGUAAUGCAGCCAUUUAAAAGAAGACUUCAGAUUAGAUGCUGAGAGGUUCUCAGAUGGAAAAGUGCGAUUUAAUUUGAAAGAUUAAAUUAGUAAGUGUGAAAAGAAACCCUUUCUGAGAUUUCCACCAAAUCCAAGGAUUCAUUAUAACAGAAAUGAAUUGCAUCUAGAUCGCAAAUAAAUGUAAAUUAACCAAAUUAAGAUGCCUCUUUGCAAAUGUAAAUGAAAAACCCGCCUGCAGUACUUGUAACAUAAUAAUGGCAUAUAUUCCAGUUUUGCCUCAUGCUUACAAUGUGCCUUCAGUCCAAAUUCUGAUAUUGACAUGAGUUUAAAGUUGUUUGUAUCUGUGGGGUGAGAGCAUGUGGCACUUUGAGGGGGUGAACUGCGGCCAGCGAGCAAUUUAGUUCCAGAUUGGAGAUGGCGAGUGGAAUUUAGAGCUGUGAUUGUCCCCGGGCUGGGCGGGGUCAGACCGGCAUGGGGGGCAGGAACAUGGCUGUGGGGGUGGGAGCGGCACAGAGAGACGGUGCGUCACCAGGGAGCCUGCUGGUGGCGUCUGGGCUGACAGAGUGACACGCUCUCCUUCUGAUGCCAAGACAUCGCACCGCCCUGGGAUCUCGGGACGAGAUCCAGCCGCUUUGCCAUAAUGAUGGAAAAAGUUGGGCUUUGAGAAGCAGGAUCUUAAAGGACUAAAGGGGCCUGCAGAAUAACUGCAGUUGGCGCCCCAUCCAGGGAUGUUCCCUGCCUUGUGCCCUGCGAUGGGUUGGCGCCCCAUCCAGGGAUGUUCCCUGCCUCGCACCCCUAACCUCCGGAAUAGGCUCUGGACCAACCCUGAGUAGGACAAACAGUUAAAGAAAGUGGAUGGAUGGAUGGAAAAUUAUUCCAUACAACUUAAGGAUGACCGGAGCAUGAACAAGCAGGUUCUUAUCAGUAAAGCUAAUUAGACUUGUCAUAGAGUGGCUGGCGUCCCUGCACAGGGACCAGCAUCCAGCGUGAUGGAUGCUGGAUGGCUUGUGGUGGUCAUUGCAGGAUAAUGUGUCAGAGUUUCCGAAAGUCUACCCACAGUGACGGAAUGGUGCUAACCACGGCGAGAAGAACAUGAUGGCCGCAGAGUCCAAACGUCCACGGCCUCCAGGUCGGCCGGGCUGACUAGCCCCCGAAGCUUCCUCCUUCGGAAUAUGCUGUAGAUCUCCAGGUUUAUGCUGCAGUAUAAAUGUUAAGGUGAGAAGCAGAGCUGGGCUCCCGGUUAUAAACGUGAGCGCCUGUCCUCACAGGAACACUGCUGGUCAAUAUGCAGUAUACAGACGUACUCGCAAGGUGAGAAUACCUCCCCUCGGCAGGAGAGCACUUCAAAAGAGACUGCCCAGUACAACUGAAACUUAUUCAUUCUGAAGAGCUGAUUUUUGUUUGAGUUUAUGACUUUAACUGAAUAAAUACCUUUCACUUCGGUCUGAGCGCCUCAUUCAAGACCAAACGGCUGUCAGCCACUCAUGUCGACUUAAAGCCUGCAAUCAGGACCUUGUCAGCCAAACGCUCCUUCCCAGGAAGUGAUUGCAGGGUGUGCUGUCUGAUUCGAUGAUGGGAGGUGCUUCUGGGCCAGCCAGCACACGCCGGAGGGAGAUGAUGACAGAGGAAGUACAUCAUCGCCACCGUCCUCAUGGUGGCGCUGUCUGUCUUCGGCGUGAUCAACUACACGGAGAGCUCCUUUGUGCUGCUGCAGCAGGUGUUUGGCCAGCGCAAGGCGUCCAAGCCGCACACGGGAUACGUGAGGGUCCCGGAUCAGGAGCCGCUGAAGCUGUCCUGCGACACGUGCAGCGUGGUCUCCAGCUCUGGGCAGAUUCUGGGCCGCCUGGCGGGUGCAGAGAUCGACCGUGCCUCCUGCGUGUGGCGCAUGAACAGCGCACCGACGCGGGGCUUCGAGGCUGACGUGGGCCACCGCACCUCGUUGCGGGUCGUGUCCCACACCAGCGUGCCGCUGCUCGUGCAGAGACAGCACUACUUCUUCGGCCAGGCCAACGACACGGUGUAUGUGGUGUGGGGGCCGCUGAGGAACAUGCGGCGUGACGGCCGUGGCGUCGUCUACAACAUGCUGCGGCAGGUGAUGGAGAGUUACCCACAGGCACGUGUCUACGUCACCACGGAAGAGCGUAUGAACCACUGCGACCGUGUCUUCAAGGAGGAGACAGGCAAAGACAGGAUACAGUCGGGAUCGUACCUGAGCACGGGCUGGUUCACGCUCAUCCUGGCUAUGGACAUGUGCAAGGAGAUCCACGUCUACGGCAUGAUCAACGACACCUACUGCAGGACAGAGGGCUACCGGAAAGUUCCAUACCACUACUAUGAAGCCGGAAGUCGAGAUGAAUGCGCCGAGUACCUCCUGCAUGAGAGCGCCCCCUAUGGUGGCCAUCGCUUCAUCACUGAAAAGUCUGUUUUCGCCAAAUGGGCCAAAAGCCACCGGAUAAAAUUCCUGCACCCGGUGUGGUCAGUGUCCUGACCGGGGAGGCUCGGCGUCCAGCCCCUCGCCAGUAGGGAGGACAGACACCCAUCGGUGCGGAAGGUGACCAGAAUUCUGUGCCCAUGGGUCAUUUUUCCAUUUUCUUUUUCCAACUGUGAAAUACUGAACUUGAGUAGCAGUAGUGAGGGAGAAAUUCCACAGGCCACCACAGCGCCACCUGUUGGAAGCGAUACUGUACACUGCUCUGAUCAUGGGUGUUCAAUGGGGAAAGAGGACCAAUACCCUGAUUUGCAUUCUGUUUCUCAGCGAGGUACACAGAGCAGGUCGCAUAGUGACAGCUGCUAUCCGGAAGGUGUGUGUUCCCCCUCAGUGUCUGGGCCCCCCCGGACCUGCCCCGGAGCACUGGGAUUUCGGCGUUUCCGGCACCAGUUAAGGGUCCUUGUCCUCUGUUUGAUCUUGGGCCAGCUCUGACGGCUCGUUUACCUGCCACAUGGCGGACAGUACCGCUCACGGGGGGGUUGCUGAUGUUGGCAUGUUUGUUUCACGGGGUGUUCCCGCUGCUAAUGUGACGUCAGUCCCCCGAGCACCAAGCAUCUCCGAAUGCUCCAGGAAUGUCGCCGUUGGGGGCCGUGCGGCACCGACUCCCUAUUCUCACCCCUCCGUCACACUGUGUCAGCUGAUGUACCAUCACACAUGAAUGGGCUCCCCAGCUUCUUUAAUCCCUCCUCUUUUGGGCAGCAUUCCAUUUGACUCCCUGCGUCUCCUGGUUCUGCCUUGCCCCCCUCCCCGCCUGCAGGCCCGGAGCCUGCCUCGGAACGCAGCUGGGGGGCCCUGACGGCAUGCAGAUGGCACGGCACCGUGCGGUUACACUGAGGCAUAUGUUGCUUCUUCAGCCCUCCCCUCGUCGGUCUCCUUGGAGAUGGGCGUCGCUGGUAGUCUACGGUUUCCAGAGAAUAUCGGUGAUGGUGUUCCUGGUUAUACGGAGUGACUCUGUAUGACCAUGCUCCUGUGUGGGGAGUCUCUGGUGACCCUGCAUCAUAGAGCCUGGAAAAAAUUAAGAGACCACUCUAUAUUUUUAAACAAAUCUGCAUUUUUAAAUCCUGGUUUAAUCGUGGCUCUGCUGGCAGAAGGCUAUGCUGAGCAGCAGGUUGCUUCCAGGUUCAAAGUU